UAUUGUGCCAGAGCGUUGUGUUACCACUGCAUGAGACUUUCCCUUUAGCUAACCGUGUACAAAAAUUUAAACCAACAAGUCUGAUGGGGAAUUAUAAAUCAAGACCCACUCAAACCUGUACAGAUGAGUGGAAAAAGAAAGUGAGCGAGUCAUAUUCUGUUAUCAUUGAGAGACUGGAGGAAGACUUGAAAAUUAAGGAGGAGGAGUUCAAGGAACUCAAGCAUGUUUUCAGCUCAGAUGAAGCAUUCAAUAAAGUGAACCUGAAUUAUCGCACAGAAGGUGGACUGUCCCUGCUGCAUCUCUGCUGUGUAUGUGGAGGGAAUAAAGCUCAUAUCAGGACCCUUAUGCUGAAAGGUCUGCGUCCAUCCAGACUUACCCGGAAUGGAUUCACAGCACUCCACCUAGCUGCAUUUAAGGGUAAUGCUGAACUGGUCACUGCGCUGCUGCAUGGUGGAGCAGAUAUCCAGCAGGUUGGGUACGGAGCCCUCACGGCCCUGCAUAUAGCAACUGUUGCGGCCCAUCUUGAGGUUGUUGAUAUUCUCUUGCAACACGGGGCGUAUGUCAAUGUCCAAGAUGCAGUGUUUUUCACCCCUCUGCAUAUUGCAGCUUACUUUGGCCAUGAGCAGGUAUGCAAGCUCCUGAUGAAGUUUGAGGCUGAUGUCAAUGCGAGUGGAGAGGUGGGAGACAGACCGCUACAUCUGGCUGCAGCUAAAGGCUAUCUGGGCAUUGUCAAACAGCUGAUGGGUGAUGGCAGCAAAACUGAUAUCAAUGCUCAAGACAACGAGGACCAUGUUCCCCUUCAUUUCUGCUCUCGAUUUGGACACCAUGAGGUUGUCCGUUUCCUGCUGCAGGGCACCUUUGACAUACAGCCGCACUCUGUCAACAUCUAUGGGGACACACCUCUCCACCUAGCUUGCUACAAUGGAAAAUUUGAAGUGGUGCAAGAGAUUAUUCAGUUGUCUGGCACAGAGAGUCUGUCUAAGGAGAACAUCUUCAGUGAGACAGCUUUUCACAGUGCCUGCACCUAUGGCAAGAACCUAGAAAUGGUCAAGUAUCUGCUCAGUCAGAAUGCUGUGAGCAUCAACCAUCAGGGGCGAGAUGGACACACAGGUCUGCAUAGUGCCUGUUUCCAUGGACACAUCCGACUGGUCCAGUUUCUUUUGGACAACGGGGCAGAUAUGAAUCUGGUGGCUUGUGACCCCAGCCGUUCCAGUGGGGAAAAGGAUGAACAGACUUGCUUAAUGUGGGCCUAUGAGAAAGGUCAUGAUGCCAUUGUUACUCUGCUAAAACACUACAAACGACCUCAGGAUGAUUCACCCUGCAAUGAAUAUUCUCAACCAGGAGGGGAUGGAUCUUAUGUUUCUGUUCCCUCUCCCCUGGGAAAGAUUAAAAGUAUGACUAAAGAGAAGGCAGAUGUGCUGCUCCUGAGAGCAAGUCUUCCAUCAAACUUCCACCUUCAACUUUCUGAACUGGAGUUUAACGAGAUUAUUGGAUCAGGUUCCUUUGGAAAGGUCUACAAAGGAAGGUGCCGCAAUAAGAUAGUUGCAAUUAAACGGUACCGUGCAAACACAUACUGCUCAAAGUCGGAUACGGAUAUGUUCUGUCGGGAGGUGUCCAUCCUGUGUCGUCUCAACCACCCCUGUGUGAUCCAGUUUGUGGGGGCAUGUUUGGACGACCCCAGUCAGUUCGCAAUAGUAACCCAAUAUGUGUCCGGAGGAUCACUGUUCUCACUGUUACACGAGCAGAAGAGAAUCAUCGAUCUGCAGUCCAAGCUCAUCAUUGCCAUUGAUGUGGCGAAGGGCAUGGAGUAUCUGCACAAUCUGACCCAACCAAUCAUUCACCGAGACCUUAAUAGUCAUAAUAUUCUGCUCUAUGAAGAUGGACAUGCUGUGGUGGCUGAUUUUGGAGAGUCUCGCUUCCUGUUGUCUGUGGAUGAGGAUAACAUGACCAAACAACCUGGGAACCUGCGUUGGAUGGCCCCAGAGGUGUUUACCCAAUGUACACGCUAUACGGUGAAAGCGGACAUGUUCAGCUAUGCUCUCUGCCUAUGGGAGCUGCUCACGGGGGAGAUUCCAUUCGCACAUCUCAAACCAGCUGCAGCCGCUGCAGAUAUGGCGUAUCAUCACGUCCGCCCUCCUGUCGGAUACUCGAUUCCCAAACCCAUCUCAGCACUGCUGAUGAGGGGCUGGAAUGUCUGUCCAGAGGAAAGACCUGAGUUUUCAGAAGUGGUUGCCAAACUAGAGGAAUGCCUGUGUAACGUGGAGCUUAUGUCUCCAGCCUCCAGUAACAGCAGCGGAUCUCUUUCGCCCUCAUCUUCCACAGACUGCCUGGUAGCACGCGGCAGCCCAGGACGAAGUCACGUAGCCGCCCUUCGCUCGCGAUUCGAGUUGGAAUACGCCCUCAAUGCCCGUGCCUAUGCAUUUUGGACCCAAAACUCUGGUCGGAGGUCUUCGCAGGGCUUGUCCCUGGAUGAGCUGAGGAGGAACAUGCAGUUCCCACCCAUUGACCGAAACGGAUAUGUGUCAGAUCCCAUGAGCACCAUGCGUUUCCAUUCAUGCAGCGGCAGUGGAAGUUUUGAGGACAGCAACUAGACGCAGCAACUCUCUGAAGAACAUCACACGCAAACACACUUGCAUACAUGAAAUGUCUGAAUUACCAUAAUAAUACGUUUUCGACUUUUAGAAACGACUAUUCACUUUGUUGUCAAAUGUUCAAAGAGCUUCUUCAAACCACUUCUUCAAACCACAUGGUAUGACAAACAUGAAUCACAAAUGAGAACAGUUCAGGGAAGAAUAUCAGGAUUGUAAACCACAAUAAUUAUAACGAUAAUAAUAAUUCUGAUUAUUAUGGUGAAUGCACCGUAAGAACAUUCACCAAGACAUGAAAGUUCAGUCAUUAAUUACUCAUCUUCAUGUUGUUACGACCCCAUAAGACCUUUGUUCAUCUUCAGAACACAAAUCAAGAUAUUUUUGAUGAAAUUCCGAGAGCUUUCUGACCCUGCAUAGACAGCAAUGCAACUGACACGUUCAAGUCCCAGAUAGUUAGCAAGGACAUCGAGAAAAUAGUCCAUGUGACAUUAGUGGUUCAACUGUAAUUUUAUGAUGCUACGUGAAUACUGUAUGUGCGCAAAGAAAAUAGAAAUAACAAUUUUUUAAAACUAUUUCUUCUCGUUUGUGUUAGUCUUCAACCCAUGUUCACAUAUGUACCACAACGCAUUUUUGCACACAAAAAGUAUUCUUGUAACUUCAUAAACUUUAGGUUGAACCACUGAUGCCACAUGGACUAUUUUAACGAUGACCUUACUUCCUUUCUGUGCCUUGAACGUGUCAGUUGUCUUGCUGUCUAUGCAGUGUCAGAAAGCUCUUGGAUUCAAUCAAAAAUAUCUUAAUUUUUGUUCCUAAGAUGAACGAAGGCUUAUGGAUUUGGAAUGACAUGAGGGUGAGCAAUUAUUGACCCAAUUUUAAUUUUGGGGGGAACUAUCCCUUUAAUCUAGGCACAUAUUUGGAUAUUUUUUUCAGCUGUUGUGUUUUCUUUUGUAUAUGAAUGAAUAGUGUUACAUUCAUCUAAAAGUUUUGAUUUGAAAGUCAAAACUUUUAUUUUUGUUGUUGUACAAGGUUUUUAUACUGUGUUUGGUGUUUCAAUGUCGAAUAAGCAUCUGGUAGAUCAGGACAAAUAAAGUGUAUUUCAGUAUUUUAUUCUAAUUUUAAAAGCAAACACCUUUUUUAGACAAAUAAGCCAGCGUGUGACAAAGAUCAUGAUUGAUGUCACCAACAACACGUGUACUAUUAGAGCAAUUUGGCCUUGCUUGUGGGAUCAAAACAUCUCAAGUUUUGAUUUACUGUAACUCAUGAUCUGCAUGAUUAUGACGAGAAACAAAGAAGGUGUCAUAGCAAUGUAUGUGCACUAAUUCAGUGUAAAAUCAUAAGAACACCAUUAAACUAUUGCCAAAAAUCA